AACAUGCGCGACAAACGAUUUCGAAAAAAAUUUGUACAAAUUAAUGAACAACGCGGUAUUCGGUAAAACAAUGGAAAACGUGCGGAAUCACGUCGACGUUAAACUUAUAACUAAAUGGGACGGUCGCUACGGUGCCGAGGCGAUGAUCUCCAAACCGAAUUUUCAUAGUCGCAGCAUUUUUUCCGAAAACUUAAUUGUCGUAGAGUUGCGAAAACUCGAGGUAAAAUUCAACAAGCCGAUCUACGUGGGUAUGUGCAUCCUCGACAUAUCCAAGAUCUGCUUGUAUGAAUUUCACCAUGAAUAUAUGCUACCCCUGUACAGAGACAAGUGUAAAAUUAUGUACACCGAUACGGACAGUCUCAUAUACCACGUCGAGUGCGAGGAUGUAUACGAGACUGUGAAACGCGAUAUACGCAGAUUCGACACGAGCGAUUAUCCAGAUGACAACGCGUAUGGUAUACCGCAUGCAAAUAAGAAAGUCCCCGGUCUCAUGAAAGAUGAGAAUAAUGGGGCAAUUAUGACCGAAUUCGUCGGACUCAGGGCGAAAAUGUAUGCUUUGAGAGUAGACGGUAAAAACGACGCGAAAAGGGCGAAGGGGGUUAAAAGCAACGUGGUAGCGCGAACAAUAACUUUUGACGAUUACACGCGAUGCUUGAGAGACGAGAUCGAGAUGACUCGUCGCCAGUCGUGCAUACGAUCGAAGCUACAUCAAGUCUACACCGUAUCCGAGACAAAAAUCGCCCUGAGUCCGCACGAUGAUAAACGAUACAUCGUGCCUGAUUCAACCGACACUUUGCCAUGGGGACAUUACUGGGUACUGUAACGUAUAAGCGUAAUGUAUAAUAUGUAACAUGUAAUCUAGUAUAAUGUACUGUAUAAUAUGUAACGUAGUGUAAUAUAGCGUACUAUACCAUUGGAUGUAAUAUUAAUUUUAAAAAAUAUCUUGUAA